GCGGGUGUCCAUUGCCUCUCCGCGCCCUGCGCCGUGUCGCUCUGCCGGGGCAUCAGUUGUUUGGAUUUGAUCCUUGAACACUAGACACAAUGAGCAACUACAGCGUGUCUUUGGUCGGCCCAGCUCCUUGGGGUUUCCGACUUCAAGGAGGCAAGGAUUUCAACAUGCCUCUCUCUAUCUCCCGGCUGAACGACGGCGGGAAGGCAGCCCAGGCCAACGUGGGCAUAGGCGACGUGGUCCUGACCAUCGACGGGAUAAGCACGGAGGGCAUGACUCAUCUAGAAGCACAGAACAAGAUCAAGGCGUGCACAGGCAAUCUGAACAUGACCCUCCAAAGAGUGACUUCUAUAACAAAACCUGAUCUUAUUCAUGUACCAAAGGGUGAACCUACCGAAGUAGUUAAGCCUGUGCCCAUUGCCUCUGCUGUUGCACCCAAAGUCACUGCCGUGCCAAGCGUGGCUUACAAUAAGACACCGAGGCCGUUUGGAGCUGUAACCUCCUCCAAAGUCACCUCCAUCCCAUCACCAUCCUCCGCCUUCACCCCAGCUCAGGCGGCGGCGGCGGGUGCCGGCCCGGCGCCGUUUGUCGCGCCCGGACUGCAUGUUACCAACGCCGGGCCUAAGGCUGGGCAGGGGGCACCCGUGCCGAGCGCCGCUAAACCUGCCGUUAAUGUCCUACGGCAGCCCCCUGCCGCCCACCCUGCGGCCCCCGCUGCCGCCGACGGCGCCCAGGAUGUAGCCGAGGGGCCGCGACGAGGAGGCGGAGAGAACCAGGGGGAGAGUAAACAGCAAAAUGGCCCCCCACGGAAGCACAUUGUGGAUACCGAUAUGGAGUUUUACCACACGCCCACCCACAGUGAUGCCAGCAAGAAGCGGCUGAUUGAAGACACCGAGGACUGGCACCCCCGGACAGGCACCACCCAGUCCCGCUCCUUCCGCAUCCUGGCCCAGAUCACCGGCACUGACCACAUGAAAGAACCAGUACAGGAAGCUGCAAAGAAGACAAAUGAUUCCCUGGAGGCUCCCCAGCCUGCUGCUCUCACAGCCACCUCAGCAAGGAGCAUGCCUGCCCGCCAAGAAAACAUAGACACAAGACCUGCUCCUGCUAGCACCGCAUCUGCUGCAGCCCUCAAGCCAACAGGACCCCUGGGUGCUGCCAAGUACUCGGGCUGGCAGCCUACAAACCAAGCAGCUCCUGCCAGUGGAUGGACAUCGAACAGUACUAAACCGCUUGGGACAACUGCCCCGAGUGACAAAUGUGCAGCAGCUCCUCAGCUAAAUGAACAAGACACUUUGGUUCAGAGGGCAGAGCAUAUUCCAGCAGGAAAACGCACUCCCAUGUGUGCACAAUGCAACCAAGUCAUAAGAGGACCCUUCUUGGUGGCUUUGGGAAAGUCCUGGCACCCAGAGGAGUUUAACUGUGCUCACUGCAAAACCUCCAUGGCUUACAUUGGAUUUGUGGAAGAGAAAGGGGCACUGUAUUGUGAGGGCUGUUAUGAGAAGUUCUUUGCCCCCGAGUGCUCAAAGUGCCAGAGGAAGAUCCUUGGGGAAGUGAUAAAUGCUUUGAAGCAGACUUGGCACGUCUCCUGCUUCGUCUGCGUGGCCUGCCACAACCCCAUCCGCAAUAAUGUCUUCCACUUAGAAGAUGGUGAUCCCUACUGUGAGACGGAUUACUAUGCUCUCUUUGGUACCAUGUGCCACGGCUGUGAAUUCCCCAUUGAAGCUGGAGACAGGUUUCUUGAAGCUCUUGGCCACACCUGGCACGACACUUGCUUUGUGUGCUCAGUGUGUAGUGACAGUUUGGAAGGUCAGACUUUCUUCUCCAAGAAGGACAAGCCCCUGUGCAAGAAACAUGCUCACUCCAUUAACAUCUGAUGCUGGAAGCUCCUCUCGUGUGACAAGUGUACUGAGCAGAAUGAAAGGUUAAGAUGGCUGUGUUCAGUUGUUGGUUCAAAUUAUUUAUCUAAGAGUUUUCUAGAAUGGAAGGGAGAUAUAGGAACUUGUGGAGGGGGUUGUGUGCUUCUUUUUCAAAUGCUUAGCAGUUAGGGGGUUGCUUCAUAAAAAGGUAGGCAUUGGGGGUUGCACCCAAGCCACACUUUAGAGUGCCUUGCCCUCUACACUUGGUACAUAAGGAUAUUGGUUUCAUCAUUUUAUGACCACAUUUAAACCUGAGAAGUAAAACAUCCUAGAAAAACAAAUAUCUGAUGCUCCAAAUCUUAGGUGUGCUGCUCUUCAGCAAAUAAAAGGAGGUUGGCUUCAGCAACCCAACUCACUUUAAAGCCUUGAAGUAUUGCAGCUUCAGCUCCAGGAAAAAGAACCUCAAGCAAAGCUAACACGACACAGAAUGUAUAGUUCAGCAACUGGUUUUCUCAGCUGACACUUGUGUAGGUGAAGCCUCUUGCACAGUUGCAUGUACCUAUGCCUUUGCAGUCAAAUCUUUGAUGGAUCUGCAAAAGCCAAAAGAUGCUUAGGAAGAAGUUAAGCGGAGCAGUGGCUCUGCUGUUGAACAAGAACGAUUAGGUUGGACUUGAUGAUCUCGAAGGUCUUUGCCAACCUGGUUAAUUCUGGGAUUCUGUGGUUUAGAAGAUGCCACUUAGAAAAAGAAGUGAAUGUGAGAAUUUUCCUUAGCUCAUGUACUAGCCAUAGAAAAAAUCCUAGCGAAGCUCUGCUUGACAGGAUGGGAAUCAAAGAAUGGUCCAGGCUGGAAGGAACCUCCAAAGCUCAUCCAGUCCAACCUCCCUGCAGUCAGCAGGGACAUCCCCAACUAGAUCAGGUUGCCCAGGGCCUCAUCCAGCUUCACCUUGAAUAUCUCCAGGGAAGGGACCUCAACCACCUCCGUAGGCAACCUGUUCCAGUGUUCCAUCACCCUCAUAGUGAAGAACUUCUUCCUAAUAUCCAAUCUAAAUCUGCCCUUCUCUAGUUUGAAGCCAUUGCCCCUCAUCCUGUCCCUGCAGGCUCUUGCAAACAGUCAUAGAAUCAUCAUAGAGUCAUAGAAUCAUCAUGUAAUCAUAGAAUCAGCCAGGUUGGAAGAGACCUCCAAGCUCAUCCAGUCCAAGCUAUCACCCAGCCCUAUCCAAUCAACCAGCCCAUGGCACUAAGUGCCUCAUCCAGGCUUCUCUUGAACACCUCCAGGGAUGGUGACUCCACCACCUCCCUGGGCAGCACAUCCCAAAGGGCAAUCACUCUCUCAGUGAAGAACUUCCUCUCUCUCCCCAUCCAUCCUAUAAGCCCCCGUCAGGUACUGGAAAUGCCAGGCCAGACCUUAAAAUGGAGCAAGGAUUUCCAGUGUUAGGUUUGUAGUUCAGGUUUUGGAUAGUUUUAAGUGCCUUGGAAAAGGGAAAUUUGCCCUGAGCCUACAAGGAUCAGAAUGUGAGGCUCUGGUGUUGAAUGAGCUGAAGUGCAACUAAGGACAUUGUUUUUCUGUCAUUACAUCCUUUACCAUGCAGCUCAUGAAUAUGUAUGUUGGUGGCAUGCCAGGUAGCAUACCCAUAAUUGACUUUCUUGCUCAACUGUUCAGAUUUUUAUUAGUUUAGGGUUUAUUUCUCUCUCUUUUCCUCCAAUGUAGGGGAAAAAAUAUAUUGUUGAAUAAUAUAAUCCUGAGUUAGGCAGCUCUGUAUCUCUCAGAAGGGAGCAGGGAGACAAUGCUGUCAUGCAUUUAUCAUGAGAUGUAGCUGGCUCUGUGGCUUGAUAGGAAUCUCACAACCAUACAGAGAGUCAGUGCAAGGCCAGCUAAAUCCCACUUGCCUUCAAAUUAGGGCUUGAGUGGUAUGGAGCAAUUGUAGGCAGAGAGGGAAGGGGCUGGUGGCCCUCUGCACAGGGUGAGUUCUGCCCAGCAGAGUUGCACAACAGAGAGUUGAGUAAAGCAAUGGCAACAGGGAAUGGGAGCAAAAGAGAGGGGAAGGAAAGCCCAAGUGCUGUGCUGAAAUAUGAAAAGAUAGUGGCUUUGCUUAUUCAUUCAGGGAGACAGGUUCAUAUUGGGGGGCUGUUUCACUUUUAUAGAAUCAGUCAGGGUUGGAAGGGACUACAAGGAUCAUCCAGUUCCAACUCCCCUAGCAUGGGCAGGGACACCUCACACUAGAUCAGGCUGGCUCUAUGGAGCCUCAGAUCAACCUGGACUUAAACACCUCCAGGGAUGGGGCCUUAAACAUCUCCAGGGAUGGGGCCUCAACCACCUCCCUGGACAACCCAUUCCAGGCUCUCACCACUCUCAUGGGGAAGAACUUCUUCCCCACGUUCAGCCUGAAUCUCCCCACUUCCAGUUUUGCUCCAUUCCCCCUGGUCCUGGCACUCCCUGACACCCUCAAAAGUCCCUCCCCAGCUUUCUUGGAGCCCCCUUCAGAUCCUGGAAGGCCCCUAGAAGGUCACCUCAGAGCCUUCUCUUCUCCAGACCGAAGUUCACAGAAUCACAGAAUGUUAGGGGUUGGUAGGCACCUUGAGAGAUCAUCCAGUCCAACCCAGUUGUUUGCCUUUAAUACUACCACAUUUCUUUUAUUUUUUUCUCCUUUUUUUUUUUUUUUUAACUCCUGGUGGUACAGAAGCAGUGGCAUAAAGCUGUUUAAUGUGUUUAUGCUCUUGUAGAUAUGCCCUUUGGCAAGGCUGGCUGCAAAUCAGAAGGGUAGCUGCAAAUUGGACAUGACCCAGUCAUGUAUGAGCUGGGUUUGCUUUUGAAAUCAGGUGAAAUGUAAGAGCCAUGAGACCUGGAUGCUAGGUUUCAGUGGAGCUAUGUUGCACAUGCAUGAGGGAAAAGGAUGGGAAUGCACAGGAAUAAGGUGUCAAGAGAUUUCUGCCAAUCAAACCUUGCUGGUUUAAAGUAGGAACAGAAAUUUUUCUUUUUUUCCAGUUUGUCAGAGUCCUUCAAAUCAAAAUUUUCAUUUUGUGCAGUUUCAUUGUUUUAAUUGGAAUUGCAGUUUAAGAUUUUUGUGUGUGAUGGGUUAAAAUUACACACACACACACACACACCCCAAAAUAAUUGGGAGAAAAAUUAGCCCCAAAAUCAAAUUGCCAGACCAGCUGAGUUUGGGAUGGAAGCAAAUGAAGCUCUAGUUACAAGAACUACAAUCUAGGAAUAUGAAAUUCAAUGAAUAGGUACAAAAUACCCAAUAGGUGUACAAUGGAUAUUUACUCUUUAUAAAGAACACAGAAACUCCUCAGACCCCCCUGGAUGGAUCCAGGGGGACUGUUCACCUCCUCCCCCACUCUUUUUUCUCCUUCCCAUUAGAAUCAUAGAAUCGUUAGGUUUGGAAGGGACCACAAGGAUCAGCCAGUUCCAACCCUCCUGCUAUGGGCAGGGACACCUCACACUAGAUCAGGCUGGCCAGAGCCUCAUCCAGCCUGGACCUCACAAAGUAGUCAAAACAGAGGUCCCCUGGCAAGGCCACAGGAGAGGGAGAGAAAAAAGUUGCAAGCAGAAGAAAAGAGAGAACCAAUUGUUUGUGCCUCUGCUCAAUGUGCCCAUUAGCAAUCCAAUGAAUUCUAUAGACCUUAGCAUUAUUUUCCUUUUGCAUGGUUAAUUUAUUUCACUUUCAGCCUUUGCAGUCAGGGACUAGGCUGAAGUUCCCCCUUCGUAUGCUCUUAGGUUUGAAGUUUUGGAGUUCUUAAUGAACCUAGAGGGGCAAAAACCUGGAAGGCUCUGAGGAGCACUGCUUCCUUUAGCUGCUUUGCCUUUUAAUGCCUGCUUUUCUCUAUUCCUUGAAAAUGUAAGGGGAAGCAUGGAGUCACUGCUAACAUAAGGAAUAUUUCAUAGCUCUACUGAAUUCUAUCAAUCAGCUCAAAGGAACAUAAUUUUUAUCAUUAAUAAGUGAGAUGUUAGUAGAGCACUUUAUAAUAAUGCCAUUUAUCUCACUGUGUAUUUAUUACCUUGUGGGUUUGGUUGGGUUUUAUUUUUGGGGGGUUUUUGUUUUCGUUUUGUUUUCUUUUUGUUUUCUUUUUUGUUUUAUUUUUUGGGGGUGUUUUUAUUUUCUUCUUUGUCUGUUUAGGAUUCAUUCAUACUGGUAAUCACUGUAUUUUGUUUUUAAGCCUGUAUAUUUAGGUCUAGAAUCUUCUGGUCUCUGUGUGUCUGUUGUGUGUGUGUGGGCUUAUAUAUACUUAGCUCUGUAUGAACACAUCUAGGUGUGCAUUGAGAGGCAUGCAAUAUAUAUGCACAUAGACAUACAAAUAUUUGACUGCAGACCUGGCCUAGCAAAACUCAGCCCUGCUCCAUCAUCAUUUGGGAGCUUUCAUGAGACUCCCAACUCUCUUUUGCACGAGAGAAUGUUAGAGAGCCAAGAGAGACAUUUGCCUAACCUAAUGACUGUAGGUUGUUUUGGGUUGUUUGGGGUUUUUUUGCCUGCAUUUUCACUGCUUGUGAGAGAAUUAGGUUUAACUGUGGGUGAAGGCAGAAGAUCUUUGUGGGUGAGUGGUGGAAGCACAAUGGCAAUAGCAGUAUGUUGUAACUGAAUGAUUCAGAAAUACCUGUAAAUAUAAAAUGCUUAAUAUAACAAUGCAAUAAACUUCAAA